AGGAGAGAAGGAGAGCGUCCAUGGUUGGACUGACACUCACUUUGAGGUUUGAUGGAGGCCAUUGAUCGCAUCUCACCUCUCCGAGCUCCUCUCAGCGCUCAUAAAACUCAGAAGCUGAGCGUUUACCUCUUCUUUUAGUUUUCCUUGUACUGUACUAUAAGAAAGAAUCUGCAACCAUGGCAACCUUUGUGGAUCUCCGUCGCAUGCUGAACAACGAUCAGCGCCUGACAUCCGUCUUUCUCACCUUUAGCUCUCGCUUGCAAAGUGAAGACUUUCGCAGAGCCGUCAAGACCAACACCGUGGUGGAGGAACUUGUGAUAUCCGCGGACGAGUCGUUCUUUCAAGAGUGCCCUGAAGAUGGUAUCCAAGAUAUCUUGGAAGGAUUGGGACGCCUCCCUCGGCUCCGCAAGGUCUCGAUCAACUCUUAUCCAAACUGCCCGGGGAUUGUCAGCAUGAAGGCCAUCAACGCCAUGGUAUCUGGGGCCAAGCAGCUGGAAUGCCUGAUCAUUGCGGAUCUUCAAGUCACUGGAAGCCCUCAAGACUUUGCUGACUUUGCCGAGCAUGUCCAAGGCAUGUUCUUUCUAGGAUCGUUUGCCUUUGUCGAGUGCAAGAUUCUAUUGGAAGACAACUCGGGUGGUACUUCUUCUUCUUCCUCCUCUCCAGUUCCGCAGUCCAUGAUCCGCAAGAAUCGACCCCUAUCUUCCCAAGAUGACGAAGAAUCCCCCUCUCCUCUUCUCUUGGAUCCCCUGCUCUUCUCUCUCUCCAUGCUUCCGUCUCUCCAAGUGGUAUCCAUCCAACCCAAGCAACAGGGAAGCCUGGGUAGUUUGUCCGUUUCCGCGGCUACUGCCUUGUGUCUAUCGGCCAGUAUCAAGAUGCUCAAGCUUCGAAACAUGGAUCUCACACCGGCCCAUGCUGCCUCCAUGGCAUUCAUGUUACAGAACAAUCAAACACUACGCACACUGGAACUGGGGUGUCUCCAAGGAGGUGCCAUGGAUGCCGCCACGGCGUCGUCACUGGGCGGUAUGAUUCAACGCAAUCAGGCUCUGCAUUCGUUGGAACUGGCCAUUGAGACCAUGCUCUCCGAUACGGCCGCGGAGAUUCUCGCCAAGGCUCUGCGGCACAAUCGUCGGUUGCGCAGUUUUGCUCUGACCGCUCGAACCCCAAAGACGAUUGGUCGUGUCUCGACCAAGGCCCGCAAGUCCAUGCUUCAAAUGCUCCAAUACAACUAUACCCUCGAAAAGUUCUUUUUAUUCCGCAAGUAUCCACUCAGCCGCGAGUUCAAGCUCUAUUCCAAGCUCAACCAACUGGGACGAGGACAACUGUUGACCAACCAGCAAAACACCAAUUCUACAGAAGCCUGGAUCCAAUCGUUGGCCAAUGUCAAGGACGAUCUCAACUCCAUCUUUUACUUUGUGUCCUGCAAUCCAACCUUGUGCAUGUCGUCGACGGAGCUAUCGACCAAGCGCAAGACCAGUCAAUCGGAAGAGGAGGAGCGUCCGUCCAAGAAACAGCGAGUCUAACCAUUAUUUGAAGGAGCGGCGAGCUUACUACACAAGAUUCUACAUGAUAUUAUUCUUUCAUACUCUGAACAGCAAGCAACUUUUGUACCACUAAUCUAACAAACUAUUUAAAAAAAGUAACAGCCAAUAUCAGCCUC